AUGUCGGUGGAAAUCCCCCCCACGGAUCUGUUUUCUUACAUCACCUCGGCGGGCACCCCGAUCUCGCGCCAAUCGCCCCAAUACUUUGAUGCUACGGCGCCUACCGCCAACUACACCCUGCAAGAUGCUGAGCUCAUGGCCAAGCGAGUUGGGUAUGGUCUACAGAAGGUGAUGCAGCUACGAAAGCAAGACAAAGUUCUCCUUUACUCGGGGAAUGACUUGCUGUUCCCCAUCGUGGUCUGGGGAGUGACUGCGGCCGGUGGCGUCUUCACCGGAGCCUCGCCCUCGGCCUCGGUGUAUGAGCUUGAAUACCAAUUACGUGAUUCCGAGGCCACUAUUUUGAUCACGAGCAUGGAGGGAUCAAAGGUGGCUAUCGAGGCAGCACGGAAAGCCGGUCUUCCCGUGGACCGAAUUCUCUUGCUGGUCGCACCCGGGAUAGACGACGGACACCCUGGCUCCAUCCGGCCAUGGACGGAGAUUUGGGGGUCGAGCGAAGAAGCGAGUUUGUGGCCAUGGGACCGUAUCUCCUCCGUGGACGAGGCGAGGACGACGACGGCGGUGAUCAACUAUUCGAGCGGGACGACCGGCUUACCCAAGGGCGUCGAACUCACCCACUACAACAUCAUCGCCAAUGCCGAGCAGAUCAUUGCAAAGCGCCUUCUGGUAGAUAACACCGAGGCGGGUCGCGCCCGUCGGGAUAGACUCAAGGCGUCAAGUGAGCGAUGGCUCGCCGCCGUACCGAUGUAUCAUGCCUUUGGUCAAUCUUAUUUCUGUGUCAUUGCUCCCCGUCUCGGGGCCAAGGUCUUCAUCAUGCCCAAAUUCAACCUGCACCAGUACCUCACCUUUGUGGACAUCUACCGCAUUACAUUUGUCAACGUCGUCCCCGCCAUGCUAGCCAUGCUCUGCAACGUUGAGCAACCAGGACGUUUCAAUUUCAAGGCUAUCGAGUCGAUGACCAGCGGUGCAGCCCCCUUGGAUCCAACCAUCGCGCAGCGGUUCCGACAUCGGUACCUCCGAGAUGGGGUGCUGGUCAAACAAGGGUGGGGCAUGACGGAGACCACAUCCAAUCUGACCGGCUUUACCCCAGAUGAUCAGGAUGACGGGCGAUCCAUCGGCUGGUUGAGCCCCAAUUGCAAGGCGAGAAUUGUGCCGGUUGCAGGGCGUGAGUUCGAAGGAGGUGCGGCUGCCGAGGGGCGACUGCUGGGCGAACUCUGGGUGGCGGGCCCCAACGUCAUGAAAGGGUAUUGGAAGCGUGAAGCUGAGACGAAAGAUGCUUUGAUGACCGAGGGGGAGGAGCGAUGGUUGCGCACGGGCGACAUCGCCUAUGUGGAUGAUCGGGGGUGCUUCUACCUCGUGGAUCGACUGAAGGAGCUCAUUAAAGUGAACGGGUUUCAGGUCUCCCCAACGGAGCUGGAGAAGGGUUUGAUGGCCCAUCGAGGAGUCGUGGACGCGGCUGUCGUGGCCUACAAAAAACAAGGCAGCGAGUUUCCCCGGGCAUUCGUGGUCCGCACAAGCCCCAGUGUGACGGCUGAGGGGCUCCAUGCAUGGAUCCAAGAACGAUUUGCCCGGUACAAGUGGUUGGAAGGAGGCAUCUUUUUCAUCGAGCAAAUUCCGAGAACAGCCAGUGGAAAGGUUAUUCGACGGCAAUUACCAAUCCCAAGGAAUCUAGACUCUAGGCUACGCAGCGGUGAGGGGAUGGACAGGCGCGAAUCAAGAGGUUCUUAGACAGUAGCCACAAGAAU